UCUUGCCCCGAGGCCAUCUCCCGCUCUCUCCUCCUCUUCUUUCAAUAUCACGCUAUGCUCGAGAUAUGCACCCCACAUCAUGACUACGUCGCCAAUGUGCUCACCGCGCUGCUCUGCGUCGGGCUCGCCAUCUCCUAUCUGCCUCAGCACCUGCGAAUCAUCCGGGCAGGCUCUUCAGAAGGCUUCAGCCCAUGGUUCCUCUUGCUUGGGAGCACAUCGUCUGCGUCGGGAAUGCUGAACAUAAUUGUGAUGCAGUGGGGCAUUGUUAGGUGCUGCAGAGUAGUCACAUUCGGGAGUUGCAUCGAAUCAAUAGCUGGGGUUAUCCAGCUCAUGCUGCAAUGGUUCUUCUUCACCGUCAUUCUUGUGCUGUACAUGAUCUACUAUCCGCCGCACCUGAAGUACUCCGAGGUUGACGUCGACCUGCACGACAACCGGCCGCCACAGCACGUCAAGACCUCCGUCAAGACCGACGCAUGGCGGCUCUCCAUCACGCUCUCCUGGGUCGUCUUCCUCCACAUCGCCUUCAUCACCUUCGUGACGUUCCUCCUCCUCUCUGCAGAGACGCCUGACCUUCCGAGCCGCUCGCCGCAGGUUUCUCUGUGGGCGACGUUCCUCGGUGUCGCCUCUGCGCUGCUCGCCGCCCUCCAGUAUGCUCCGCAGCUCAUCCACACCUACCGCCUCAAGUUGGUUGGCGCGCUGAGCAUACCCAUGAUGCUCAUCCAGAGCCCAGGCGCCAUCUUCAUGGUACUCAGCAUCGCCCUUCGCCCCGGUACAAACUGGACAACAUGGCUCCCCUACGCCGUCGCGGGCGCGAUGCAGGGCUCCCUCCUCGUCAUGUGCAUCAUCUGGCGCGCCCGACAGCACCGCCUGCACAUCGACGACUUCGGCCACCCUCUAGACAUACCCGCCUCGUCCGACAGUCAUACCGACGUCUCACGUGGGCCUGAGGAAGGUGUCUCCGUGCAGAUAGCGGUGGAGGACGCCGUCGAGAGCGACGUCAGGGCCGACGCUGACGAGCACCAUGAGGGUGCGAGCGAGGAAACGCCGCUCCUGAAAGGCAAGGAGGCGAGGGGCGUGGUGCGGAGGUGGUUUGGGUGGUGAUGAGCCGUGCGCUUGUCCUCGUACGUCCUGGUUUGCAGUUCGGAACUCCCGGGGUUUCUAUGAUUUCGCUAAUACACUGCGCUACGGUUUCCGGUCUCGACUGCAUGUUAGUGUCAACUGCAUGUUCAUGCGUUUUUCACCAUCCAUUUGUGUCACUCAUC